AUGGCCCGUUAUAGCGAAGGAAGAAAUUACUGGGCGUCACUUUUCCAGCAUGAAAUGGGAAUAUGUUUCAGUGCCCUGUUUCCGCCGCACAAAUAUGUGUUGGUGUUGGGCGAUAGUACGAGCGGAAAGUCUUCGCUCAUCGCCAAGCUGAAUAAAGAAAAUCCGAAAAAGUGUUCCGGUCUCGAAUACUACCGUAUCGCCGUGGUGGGCGGGAUACCAUGUGAUUAUCUGACCUUUUGGGUUCUGGAUGAUGAUGGUUCGCGACACAAGGAAGUGCUCAAGUGUGUCCUACGCGAACAAACGUUUCCACACACGCUCGUCAUGCUAGUCAUUUCGAUGGAUACACCCUGGAAUUGGAUGGAGCAGCUGCAACGCUGGAUGAACAGACUGACCGAACACAUCGCAGGGCUGAUGAUUCAUCCAGCGGAAAAGCAACGUUGUCAGGCACGCCUAACGACAGCAUGGCAGAAGUACUGUGAAACGAUCGACGAACCCAAUCCUGGUGUUUCGCCGCUGCCGGAAGGUGUUCUUAUGAACAACUUAGGCCUGGAUCUGGUCAUCGUCGUUACCAAGACCGAUUAUAUGAUCACGCUUGAGCAGCAGUUUGACUUUCAGCGUGAGCAUUUUGACUUCAUGCAGCGGUGUGAGCGACGGUUCUGCUUAACGUACGGAGCCUCACUCAUCUACACCAGUGCGAAGGAGGACAAGAAUUGCGAUCUACUGCAGAACUACCUCAUGCAUCGGCUCUACGGAUUACCAUUGCGUACAUCAGCAUUGGUCGUUGAGAAGGAUGCGGUGCUAAUACCGGCAGGUUGGGACAACAUAAGUAAGAUCAACUUACUGAACGAAAACAUACAUUCUUUUAAGCCGGACGAUUGCUACAACGAUGUCAUCACCUUACCGGCUUCGGAGAAGACUGGUAAAAAACGUGAGGACGAAGUCCCAAUGAAGGAUAUACCAACAUUGGGGUCUACUAACGGUGGCCAAAGUACUGCAUUUACCGAGACUCCUGAGGGUUCAUCGAAGAAGAAGAAUCAAUCUAAAACGGCUGCGGCAUCAUCCACUGUUGCUGAAGGGACUUAUGCCGAUGAUCUGCAAAAUGGAUCUUCCUCGCACUCCACGUUUAAAGUACAAUCUUGUAAGGGAGGAUCUUCCGAUCUGGGUUCGACGAGCGAUCAGACAAACCUGCACACAGAGGACACCCCCGAGCGUGACCCUCUUGCCGGUAGUUGUGAAAAGGACUAG